AUGGCUGCCCCUGCUGAAGGAGAAUGGUACCGAGUCUACAAACCGGAGCUGGAUACGGCCGCGUUCGAUCCUCUCGAUCCAGCAAAGCGAUACCACGAAGGUAUCCUCGUUGAAACACAGCCAGACUGUGGAAAAGGAACCAUGUUCCAUGUUACCGGCGAUAUUAUCGCUGUCAGCGGGAUGCGGUACGCAGAGAGAGACUUUACUCUGGAGAAAGAAUCCACAUAUCUACACAACUUCCCACAGAUCGGAUGGGUACAACGGGCGGAUUUUCAUUCAGGAAAAAUCAGCACUAUAUUGCAAGAGUUGCCACGCCCAACCAAACAACAGGGUAUAAAUUUCUGGGAAGUAGAUCCGAGCACAGGACGCCAUGAGAUUAUCUGGACCAGACAGGAUGGUGAGCGCUAUGGGCCCGGCGAGCAACGGCGUCCUACUUUCAAGUGCAACGAAUGGGUUCACCAACAUGCAAUUCCGGCCUUGCGCCAUGCAGGAGUUUUGCACGAUUCGCAUUAA